AUGGCAACCGAUGCUAACCAAAAGGUUUUGCCUCUCGCCUUUGCUGUUGUGGACAAGGAAUCAAGGGCUAGUUGGGGGUGGUUUUUAGAGUGUCUCAGGACUUCCAUAGAGCAUGUCAUACCUAACGAUGGUAUUUGUAUUAUUUCUGACCGACAUAAAGGUAUCAAAUGCGCCAUUCGAGAGUGGCCUAGACGUGAGGACGGAAGAGAACAGGUAUAUCACCGAUAUUGCCUUCGACAUGUUGCUAGCAACUUCAACAGACACUUUGAUAACCCGACUCUAAAGGCAUUGGCCUUGAAAGCUGGAUAUGCGAGUCAUGACGCUAAAUUUGAGUCCAUAAUGCAAACCAUUAAGGAGGCCGAGAUUAAUUUACUGAGGGGUGUAGACCCUACUGAUUGUCGGAUUGAACGUUAUAUGCCAUACACAUAUCUAGUGAGUGAGGAUGUGGAGAUAUGGACCCAGUCACAUGAUGGUGGAAGACGUUACGGGACAAUGACAACCAAUAUCUCUAAGUGCUUUAAUGGGGUACUUAAAGGUGCCCGCGGUUUGCCCAUUGUUGCAAUGGUUCAGUUCACUUGGUGCAAAUUUGUUGCAUAUUUCCACGAUCAACAUAAACAAAUUACUUCUGAUCUCUCUCGAGAGGGUGUAUAUCAAGUGGUUACCCCGUACAAUGACCGUAAAGGUGGAGGGGGAAACCACAGUCAUGAAGUGCGCAUAUUUGCUAGAAUAUGUGGUUGCAGAAAGUGGCAAAACUUGAAGAUCCCUUAUUCACAUGCAAUUAAAGUUCUUCAAGGUCUACAUCUCAAUGCAACCAGCUAUAUUGACCCAUGUUACAGUUUGAACAACGCCAUUCUCACAUAUUCACAUAAUUUUGUGGUGCCAAAGUCAGAGUCAUUGUGGAGGGACGUUUCCGGACCACGAUGGGUGCCUGACCCACUGCUGUUGCGGGGCAUAGGUUGUCCUGUGAAGUCAAGAAUAAGGAAUGAAAUGGAUGGGGUACGGCGAGAACGGGGAAGCCGGAGGGAAGAUCCGGACUUGAGGGAGACUCAACCGAGGCAACGAUGCGGAGUGUGUCAUCAAGAGGGGCAUAAUCGUAGAAGCUGUCCCAAUUCCCGUGGGGCAUCGACAAGUGGUAGUGCUAUAAAUUAG